AUGUCUGAAGUAGUGGAGAGCCUUGAGAUUGCAUUGCUAUCGCAUGAGCGUAAGGGAAGAUCGCAGGGAACUAUUGCAAAGGCGUUUCCAGGAUUUUGUGAAGAGAAGCAUGAGUUGAUCCUCGUGUACGAUUACAUGGUAAACGGGACAUUGAAAAGUCAUCUCCACAGAAGCGAUAACGAUCCACUUCUUUGGAAAAAAUGGCUUGAGAUUUGCAUCGACACUGCGCGAGGUCUCGAAUACCUCCAUACGAAUGUACAACAAUUCGUCCACUGUGACCUAAACUCAUCAAACGUUCUUUUGGAUGAUAAAUGGGUCGUGAAAAUUGCUGGUUUUGAACAUUCCGUACUGAUUCCUGCUAGCAUGGCAACCGAGGGCGUGGAAAAAAGUAUUAUUUACGAGAUGGGAUAUAUUGGCUCGGUGGAAUAUUUCGACCCUGAGUACAUGCACACUAGUAAGGUGACAAAGAAAACUGAUGUGUACGCUUUCGGUGUCGUGGUGUUGAAAGUAUUGUGUGCCAAGACACCUUGUUUCCGAAACCGAAACACUGGAUAA